ACCUUCGCCGAUCUCGGCGUCGGUCACCACCGCCCCUCAUGGGCAAACCCAAACCAAAAAAGAAACCUCCUCGCGGUAUCCCCACUGGAUCCGCAGCCUCUGGUUCCUCAAGCUCGAAGUCCCCGCCGCCUGUUUCCCCAAAUUCAGCUGGUGUGGGUUCCGUUUCAUCCCAAUUGAAAGUGGUGCCUGAGUCUCCCACGACUGCAGCCAUCCAGAUCCCUGAAGAUUCCUGCAAUAUCGUCACACCGGCGAAUGGUAUUGCGGCAAUCGAAAACCCUAAUUUUCUCCAAUCGGUGGAAGUAGCUACGGAAGCCAUUAAUUUAGCCGAUGUACCUGAAAUCGAAGAUGGUGAAGUGGUUGCAGAGCCUCUUGUCUCUUCAACACAAAAUUUGGCGGCGUCGAUCCCUCCUCCGGUGGAAUCUGUGAAACCCCAAAAAAAGAAUGACUUUCCAUGGAAGAACCUAGUCAAUGGAAACUCGUUAAAGCUCGAGAAAAAGGGCCACACAGUCUCUCGUUGCACUAAAGCACCGCCGUCGUGUACUCUUUGUGGUUCAAGUAAGCAUAAGGUUGAUGCUUGCCCUCGCGCCAAAAAAGAGAAAAGGAAAGGGAAAGAGCCCAUCCAAAGCAACCUUCCAAUUGUUGAGAUUGGUAUCCCUGAUACUUCAAAGGUUCCGAUAGCUGAAACUGAACCAAAAGAAGCUGCCUGGCAGCAAGUCAAGCCUUCAAAUCCUGUUAAGAUUGCUGCUCCUAAACACACUUCUCUGGUUAUAGGGAGCCCGAGUAAUGAAAAGCAGGCUGCUCCUGUGAUGCAGCAUGCACAUGCGCAUACUUCUCUGCUUAUAGGGAGCCCGAGUAAGACACAGGCUCGCCCUUCUCUUGCAGAAACAAAGACAGGUUACCAAGAUUUCUCUAAAGCUUAUGCUCUUGGUCUUAAAGAAGAUAGACUAUGUGUUGAUUUGAGUGCAAAUCUCUUCUCGCAUCUUCCUCGGAAUGGUGACUCAGGUGAUUCCCAAGCAUCUGACUCAGAAGCGGACAGUCUCUCAGAUGAUGAUGAUAAUCCAGAGGCUGAAUCGGAUAGAUUUUUGAAUGUAAUCUCAAAAAGAAUGGUAAAGAAGAAAGAUAGCAGAGCUAGGGCUGGAGGCCCUUUAAUCCUCUAAACCCCAUUCCUUUAUGGAUAUUUUUUGUUGGAAUGUAAGAGGGUUUAAUGAUUUAAUAAAGCGUAGAAGUUUUC